AUGUCGCUGCUGCAAUUUGUUGGGCAGCUUUACUCUCUCGACGCUCUUGACACAAGGCUCACAACCUCGGCGAAGACCCCGCCCACUCGAGUAGAUCCUGCCAAACCUUCCCGCAAGGAGCUGCAUCGAGAUGAGCGGAGCCAGCACAACGGUGCGGCAGCACCGAAGUGGAAAACGCCUGAGUUCUUAUACCAUGGCGCUGUAUUCUUGAUUCUGGUGCCAUGGAUGUUCUACACGGCCUACGAUGUCUCACAAUCUUGGAACCCAAAUUAUAGCAAGUUCGAACAUCUACUUUCCUCGGGUUGGAUCUUAGGCCGGAAAGUCGACGACUCGGACGCACAAUACGCAGGAUUCAGAGGCAAUGUGCCCUACUUGUUUGUCCUCAUGGUAGUACAGCCACUCCUACGAUGGGCCUUUGAUCAAGCAUAUCCGUUGCCCAAUGGCUCAUCGGGGGCUCAAUACAAGAUUAUGCCCGGUGGAAGCAGCUCAUCCCUGCGCAGAGCAGAUCUAGAGGCAGAUGUAAGACUAAGCAGGCGAACCACUUUUGAUGUAGCCUUCAACAUCAUCUUCCUGAUCGCCUUGCAUGGGGCUUCUGCUCCAAAGAUUCUAGCGAUUUUGUCCAUCAACUACUUGUUGGCAACCAGGCUGAGACGAGAUCUUGUUCCCUUUGCUACGUGGGCGUUUAAUAUUGCAAUAUUGUUUGCGAACGAGCUCGCACACGGCUAUUCUUACGCCACAAUCAUCAAAUCGUUUCUACCGUCGAGUUCUGAAGGUGAGAAGAGCGCCAUCAGCUGGGGCUCGCAGCUUGAUAGCUACGGGGGUUUGUUGCCGAGAUGGGACAUCCACUUUAAUUUCACGGUGUUGCGGCUCAUAAGCUUCAAUCUCGACCAUCACUGGGCAAACCAUACGUCGGGUCCUGUUAGCCCAAUUGAGGUGAACGAUGUCCUUCCUCACGCUUUAAGGUCAGAUGCUGAUUGUCACAAGAAGAAACAACUUGAUCCUGCCAACCUCUCAGAGCGAGACCGCGUCGAUUUACCAGCCAAAGCACAGGAUUUUUCAUUCAAAAACUACUUCGCAUACACGCUCUAUGCUCCACUUUAUCUCGCUGGGCCUAUCCUGACCUUCAACGACUUCAUUUCGCAACAGAGACACAUAGUCUCAAGCAUCUCAGCUCAAAGAAUUGUAACAUAUGGCAUUCGUUUCCUUUUGGCGCUCUUGACGAUGGAGGUCAUGAUUCAUUUCAUCUACGUCGUCGCCAUCUCCAAGGCGCAACCUGCAUGGGAAGUUUAUACACCCUUUCAACUUAGCAUGCUCGGAUUUUUCAACUUACAUCACAUUUGGCUCAAGCUAUUGCUACCGUGGCGGAUGUUUCGAUUGUGGGCUUUGUUAGAUGGAGUUGAUCCACCGGAAAAUGUGGUCCGAUGCAUGUCAGAUAAUUAUUCUGCUCUAGCCUUCUGGCGUGGAUGGCAUAGAAGCUUCAAUCGUUGGAUUAUUCGUUACAUUUACAUUCCUAUGGGAGGGAGCAGCAGCAGAGCCGGGCCCGGCAUAUGGGGGACUCUCCGAUCAAUGUUCAGUAUAUUUACCACCUUCAGCUUCGUCGCUAUGUGGCAUGACAUUCAAUUGCGACUCCUAGUAUGGGGCUGGCUCAUCACCUUGUUCAUUCUACCAGAGGUAUCGGCCGCAUUUUUGUUUCCGAAAUCGAAAUGGCAGAAACGCAAGGAAGCUUAUCGCGUGAUAUGCGGCAUUGGUGCUGUUGGAAACAUCCUAAUGAUGAUGUCCGCCAAUCUCGUUGGUUUUGCUGUAGGACUUGAUGGUUUACAAGGUUUGGUCCAGGGCAUUGUUGGAUCAUAUUCUGACUCGUGGACGCUACUUCGGUGGCUUGAGCGAAUAGUCAAAGCUUCAUUCAAAACUCCCCAAUCGCAACUAGAUGACCUUGAAACAUCAUAUGACAAGGCGCAGUCCGAUGCAGAAGUUCGACUGCUCGAAUUGGUAAAAAGUUGCAAGGACCUCGAGUCGAUCCGCGGGCUAGAAUGCCCUGUUGGUACAACCCUCCGACAAUGCAGUGGCAAGAUCUUUAAACACUUGGUAGAGGUUGAACGUCCCUUGAAUGAGCUUCUCUCUUUCUUAGAAGAUCGGACGUUGAACGAUCCAACAGCGAACACUUUUAGUUUCCUCCUCUUCAGAUGGUGGCUCCCGAAAGUUCGGGAUGAUAAAAGCAAGGCGUCAAUCGAGCAUCUGUUUACCUGGAUAAGAACGCAAUUUUCUCUGGGAAUCUUUUCCAAUGUCGAGGUUCGGAUCUUAAUUCGACUUUCGUCCAUCCUCCGCAACGAGCGGGUAUUUCAAACCUUCGGGCUUGGACUAGCAGAAGCGAUCAUUGAAGGCAUCGAUAGCUGUCGUAUCUUUUCUAUUGCCGAGCUUGAUAACGAAAUAGUGUCCCAUCUGCUGGAAUCCAUCAAUCAAGCGCCUGUCACGCUUUCGUCGAUCUCCUCGGGAUGCAAGCUUCUCGGACAUCUAGAAGGUCCCAUUUCCGGUGAAUUAGGGUUGAGGGUCCGAUCUUUCGUCUUGAGAUGGUUUGAAGCUCUUCCUACAACCAUAUUGGGAUGCCCAGCAACUGAGCCUGUCUUAAAGGAGACCUCAACGUUGAACAAUCGGUGUCUAAAAGAGCAUGAGACCGAGUUCCAGCGCAUCCUAGGCUUUCUGCAUCCUGCGGCGAAACAUGCAGCAAUCAAUGUUAUGAGCAAAAGGCUGAUCGCGAAACUUGCUUGCCAUCAUGAAAUGGAAAACCCGUCUGAGAUGCUGAAAAAGUGGUGGGCUUUCCUUGUAAGACAUGAUCUGUUUUUGCAGAUAGAUGUACCAGGUCACAGUUUCCGGAUUACUUGCUCGAUGGCUACUCAGGCUACCAGUGAUAUUGCGGCUUAUGUGCAGCACUUUCAAAAUGAGUCUUUCUCAACUUUCGUAGCCCGUUGUUUGUGGCGAUUACCCAGACGUCGCCUAAGACACUUUGGUGAUCGAUUUGGCAAAGGUCAUACCAACCAUUGGCAAUGCAUCCUACUGAGGGAACUGAGAUUCACCCAAAUCUGCAAGUACGAUUUAGUAUCAAAGUUGUUCAAUUUGUUGCAGGCAAUGCAGCGCUCUGACGGAAUUGUGACUCUGGUAAGGCAUGCGAAAGCCCAUCAAGUUGACCUGCCCGUACAAGCGAUCAUUCAAAGCGUGCUGGAGCACCUUCCCGCAUCACUAUAUUAUGCCAGACGGAUCUUCAAAUCCGAUUCACGCACACUACUGGAGACGUGCCCUGCAUUGGCUGAUCAUCUCCUGCUCGAUGACUUCCAACAUCCUCAUUCUAUUUGGUCAUAUCUAAAUCAUCGGGAUGCAAAAUCCCAAUUGGCAGCUUUUCAUGGCAAUGAAGAUGAAUGGCGAAGAGCCCGUGCAGACCUCUACGACCGGAUUGCAACUUCGCUGGCUUAUAUGGACCCGUGCACGCACCGAAUCGCCUUCAGAAUGGUCUAUAUCUGCUACGUCCGCUUCACGCGGGAAGGCCUUGGAACAACCAGCACGCAAAUGGCUAGAGCUUUGCUACAUGCAGGAAUCAUGUCACAGCUUUUUCGCAACAAUUGUGUGAGCAUCGUGAAACUGAGGUGGGUGCUCGCUAUUGUCAGUAGAGUUGAAGGCAUAGACGUCGCAGAUGAGAUCGAUCGAACAGUAUUCGAAUGGCACGGUCUUAUCACAAAGCGCAGAGUCAGGCACGAGAGCCAUCGGAAGCUCUUAAAUUCAUCGACGAGCCCACAUUUGAGAGACGUCGCCUGUUGA